UAGUCUACCUCUUCUUCUUUUAUAUACAACCCAAGCAGCGGAGUGCGGUCUUUUGCACUUGGAAUAAACAUCGUCGCGGUAUUACUGCCCUCUGUCCAUCUUUAUUAUUAGCGCUUCGCUCCGCCCUCCUACCUGUAAAUCUCCCCGCUCUCCUCUGGAGCGGAUCUGACAGGCGCUCUCAGCUGGCAGCUCCGUGCCAGGGCUGCAGGAGGGACCGAAUGGAGACAGUGACAUCUACCCAAGCUCUCGUCCUUUUUACGCAGAAUUAUUACACCAAAGGCUCGCAAGAAUAUGUAGUCCAGCUAAACCAAGUGUAGGAAUUAAACCAAAACCUAUUUGUGUUUGUUUCGUUACGCGUUUCACAGUCGAUUGACGCGUAAAGAAAGUGAAAUCCAUCGAUUCUCCGCCUGAUAAUCGACGGGAUCCCUGGAUGGAAGACGGCUGAGAGAGGUCGCCUCGAGAACAGGCUGUAACAUUUCUUUUUUCCUUUUUCUUUUUUAUGUAUUUCUCAGUGUCGUUGUGUUUACCGUCAUCUGAGAUAUCACUGGCAGCCUCGUAGGCUGCAAACAGCGCCGUCUUUACCAUGGCUUCUUUUGGCGUGAAGGAGCCAGAAAAGCCCUCAUCAGACUGAGAAGCGCCUCACAUUCGUCAUUAUUGCGGAUUUAAAUGCCUCUCUCUAAGGGCCACCGACCCGCUAUUUCAGUCAGGUUUGCGUGUGCUGCGUCUCACGCUGUCACCAAUAAACAAUUCAUAGGCUGUUAAAAAAUACAGAAAGAGACUCCAUAGGGUGGGUGAACACAAUCUACAGCAAAGAGGGGGAUUUUUUUUUUUUUUUUUUUAAGCAAUAUGGCUGGUGAGUGGGGCUGGGGACGCUGGCACAGGCUCUCCAAGGCUCCUAAAUGCUAGCUGAGGCAGAUGGCACCGUUCCCCAUGGACGCGAGAGCUCUAUGAGGACAAGCAAUAUCAAUAAUAAUCUAAAUCCGGACUCUUCAAUCUUAAUAUCCAAGAUGGAAGACGUUGUCAUCCCGUUCUCGUCUGAGGUGCCCUGCGACAAUAAUGGACAGCGCAUGUGGUGGGCAUUCCUCGCCUCCUCCAUGGUGACGUUUUUUGGGGGUCUCUUCAUCAUACUGCUAUGGAGGACCCUCAAAUUUCUGUGGACUGUUUGCUGCCAUUGCAACAUCAAACCCAAGGAGGUUCAGAAGGUGAGCAAUCCCGUCAGCAAUCCGGCAUCGGACAAACCAAAAGGUACUGAUGAGAAAGAGGAGGUCCCAGCCAGCGAGGUGGGAUGGAUGACUUCAGUCAAAGACUGGGCCGGUGUUAUGAUCUCCGCUCAGACACUCACUGGCAGAGUUCUGGUGGUGUUAGUCUUUGCACUCAGCAUCGGGGCCCUUGGUAUAUACUUUAUAGACUCCUCAGAUCCUAUAGAAUCCUGCCAGAACUUCUACAAAGAUUUCACGUUACAGAUCGAUAUGGCCUUCAAUGUCUUCUUCCUUCUUUACUUUGGCCUGCGGUUUAUAGCAGCCAAUGAUAAGCUGUGGUUCUGGCUGGAGGUCAACUCAGUGGUCGACUUCUUCACUGUUCCUCCUGUGUUUGUCUCUGUCUACUUAAACAGAAGCUGGCUUGGUUUAAGAUUCCUGAGAGCGCUAAGGUUGAUACAGUUCUCGGAAAUCUUACAGUUUUUGAAUAUCUUGAAAACAAGCAAUUCCAUCAAGCUUGUGAACCUGUGUUCCAUCUUCAUAAGUACGUGGCUCACAGCUGCUGGAUUCAUACAUUUGGUGGAAAACUCAGGGGAUCCUUGGGAAAACUUCCAGAAUUCCCAGUCACUUUCCUAUUGGGAAUGUGUCUAUUUGCUGAUGGUGACUAUGUCUACGGUGGGCUACGGGGAUGUCUAUGCAAAAACCACCUUGGGGCGCCUGUUUAUGGUCUUCUUCAUCCUCGGCGGUUUGGCCAUGUUUGCCAGCUACGUCCCUGAAAUCAUAGAGUUAAUAGGAAACCGCAAGAAAUAUGGUGGUUCCUAUAGUGCGGUUAAUGGGAGAAAGCAUAUUGUGGUCUGUGGUCAUAUUACCCUCGAAAGUGUCUCCAACUUCCUCAAAGACUUCCUACACAAGGACAGGGAUGAUGUCAAUGUAGAAAUUGUUUUUCUCCAUAAUAUUUCCCCUAAUCUUGAGCUGGAAGCCUUGUUCAAACGUCAUUUUACCCAAGUGGAGUUCUAUCAGGGAUCUGUUCUCAACCCUCACGACCUGGCCAGAGUGAAGAUCGAGUCAGCAGAUGCCUGUUUAAUCCUUGCCAAUAAAUAUUGUGCAGAUCCUGAUGCUGAAGAUGCCUCCAACAUCAUGAGGGUUAUUUCAAUAAAGAACUACCACCCCAAGAUCCGAAUAAUCACACAAAUGCUACAAUAUCACAACAAGGCUCAUCUGCUCAACAUUCCAAGCUGGAACUGGAGAGAGGGUGAUGAUGCUAUCUGCCUGGCGGAGCUGAAGGCAGGCUUCAUUGCCCAGAGCUGUCUGGCCCAGGGCCUGUCAACCAUGCUAGCCAACCUCUUCUCCAUGAGGUCCUUCAUUGAGAUUGAGGAGGACACAUGGCAGAAGUAUUACCUAGAAGGAGUGGCUAAUGAGAUGUACACAGAGUAUUUGUCCAGUGCCUUUGUGGGCCUCUCCUUCCCUACUGUCUGUGAGCUGUGUUACGUGAAGCUGAAGCUGUUGCUUAUUGCCAUCGAAUACAAGUCUGAGCUGAAUGAGAGCAGAAGCCGAAAGCGCAUCAUCAUCAACCCGGGCAACCAUGUCAAGAUGCAGGAGGGGACACUGGGAUUCUUUAUAGCCAGUGAUGCCAAAGAAGUUAAGAGAGCAUUUUUCUACUGCAAAGCUUGUCAUGACGACAUCACAGACCCUAAGCGGAUCAAGAAGUGUGGCUGCAAACGACUGAUUUAUUCCAAGAUGUCCGUCUACAAACGAAUGAAACUGGCAUGUUGUUUUGAUUGCGGCCGUUCAGAGCAAGACUGCUCUUGCAUGUCAGGCAGUGUACAUAGUAACAUGGACACCCUUCAGAGGGCCUACCCACUUUCCUCUGUCUCUGUUCAUGAUUGCGCAACCACUUUACGUGCCUCCAAAUAUAAGUAUAAUGGAUAUGUCAGAUCACCAGCAGAUGGCGCUACAACACCAGGGAACAGUGGAAGCCAAAAAGAGGCUGGCGUUCGAUUCAAAGCCGAUUGCAAUUUAGUGGAAGACGAGCAUCCGUCAGCUCUCUCGCCCAAAAAAAAGCAGCGCAAUGGAGGGAUGCGAAACUCACCCAACUGCUCGCCUAAAAUGAUGAGUAGACAUGACCCCCUUCUAAUUCCUGGAAAUGAAAUUGACAACAUGGACAUGAACGUGAAGAGGUAUGACUCGACAGGGAUGUUUCACUGGUGCCCCCCAAAGGAGAUCGAAAAAGUCAUCUUGACCCGGAGUGAGGCCUCCAUGACAGUGCUGAGCGGCCAUGUGGUGGUCUGUAUAUUUGGGGAUGUCACGUCCGCUUUAGUGGGGCUGCGAAACUUGGUCAUGCCUUUAAGAGCAAGCAACUUCCAUUACCACGAGCUAAAACCUAUAGUUUUUGUGGGCUCGUUGGAAUACCUGCGAAGAGAGUGGGAAACUUUACACAACUUCCCCAAGGUCUCCAUCUUACCUGGUACACCAUUAAGCCGGGCAGAUUUAAGGGCUGUCAACAUCAACCUCUGCGACAUGUGCGUAAUACUGUCAGCCAAUCAGAACAAUAUCGACGAUGCCUCUCUGCAGGAUAAAGAAUGCAUCUUGGCAUCACUCAACAUCAAAUCUAUGCAGUUUGAUGACAGCAUUGGGGUCUUACAGGCUAACUCCCAAGGUUUCACGCCUCCUGGAAUGGACAGGUCAUCUCCAGACAGCAGUCCAGUACAUGGUUUCGUCCGCCAGGCAUCUGUCACCACCGGAGCCAACAUCCCCAUCAUCACAGAACUAGUGAACGACUCAAACGUUCAGUUCCUGGACCAAGAUGAUGAUGACGACCCAGACACAGAGCUGUACCUCACUCAGCCCUUCGCCUGCGGCACCGCCUUCGCUGUCAGUGUACUCGACUCCCUGAUGAGUGCGACAUACUUCAAUGAUAAUAUUCUCACGCUGAUUCGGACGCUGGUCACAGGGGGAGCCACACCAGAGCUGGAGGCCUUGUUGGCUGAGGAGAAUGCUCUUAGAGGAGGCUACAGCACACCGCAGACACUGGCCAACAGAGACAGGUGUCGUGUUGCCCAGCUAGCCAUCUACGACGGGCCUUUUGCCGACUUGGGGGACGGCGGCUGCUACGGGGAUUUAUUCUGCAAGGCACUGAAGACGUACAACAUGCUGUGCUUUGGAAUCUACAGAUUAAGAGAUGCUCAUCUGGAAGUUCCAAGCCCAUGCACAAAACGGUAUGUGAUCACGAACCCACCCUACGAGUUUGAGCUCGUGCCCACAGACCUGAUCUUCUGCCUCAUGCAGUUUGACCACAACGCAGGCCAGUCCCGGACAAGCUUGUCCCACUCUUCCCACUCCUCCCAUUCCUCCAGCAAAAAGAGCUCCUCCGUCCACUCCAUCCCGCCCUCCAACAGGCAGAACCGCAGCAGUAAGACCCGGGAAUCCCGUGACAAACAGAAUGCAACAAGGAUGAAUAGAAUGGGCCAAGAAAAGAAAUGGUUUACAGAUGAACCAGAAAAUGCCUACCCACGGAACAUUCAGAUCAAGCCCAUGAGCACUCACAUGGCCAACCAAGUCAACCAAUACAAAUCCACUAGUAGUCUGAUUCCACCAAUCAGAGAAGUUGAAGAUGAAUGCUGAACACAGGGUUUUCUUGCUGACUCACCAGACAUCUGUAUGCUCUUUCAAAGAAGAUGGGAGGAGAUCACUCAUGGCGGAGUGAUGAGGAUGAUUAUGAUAAUGAUGACAGGGAUGUUGAAGACUGACACAUUUCUCUUCACUCAUUCUUCUAAUCAAGGGUUGGACAGGAACCCAAACUGGAAGGGACCUCCUAUGUGUAUACCUUUAAUGUUACUUCCAUGCUCUUGGACAUUGUUUUAUUUAUUAAUGUAUCCAUAGUGAUGUACAUAAUGACAAUCAAAUAAGGAUUGUACAGCCCCUUCCCCUUAGCACUUUUUGGAAUUAUUUUAAGAGUUGACAAAAAAAAAAAAGAGUACUUCCUGUAAUUCUUUGCAAUAGUUCACCUCUUCGAGUGACCAGACUCCAUGGCUAAGUUGACUGGUAAUCGGAGGAUGAGGGUUGCAGCGAUAAACUGACCAUAUCAUCUCCCAAAGAUCCGCCCAGAUGCGUCACCUCAAACCAGCUGGGCUUUUUGACUUCAUAUCUCCUGUCUGCUUCUGUUCUAUUUGCACUAAAACUGAACAAGUUUCUUUUGACAGAACAACUGGAACCACCAGAUUUCCCCUCAAUUAACGUUGAUGAGGCGAUGAAGGAAGGAAGGAAGGAAAGAAGGAAGGAAGAAAUUAAGGGAGGGAGGGCUUGCUUGGCUUAAGGAGGCAUACUAAUCGUGUUCUUAGGUUGUUACACAUCAUGUCAUUGCUUAAGGUUUGCUACUUCACCGUUGACUCGUCAUGUUGAGUGAGAGCAUUCCAGUCCUGCAAAACAAAAUCAUCUUGCAAAACAGUAGUCUAAAAAACUCAGAGAAUGGUGCAGUGUUGGUGAUUGCUGGCUGAAAGAGAACCCUGUACCUACAUGUCUUCUGCUGAUAUGUCAGAUCGUUAAGCCUGUGACUAUGUUUUACGCUCCUAUCGCAUGAUAUGUGCCUGAGCCCCCUCUAUAACAGAUACAGUGUGGUUGAUCAACCUGAACACAUGAGAAGGAUGUAAACAAAAAAAAAAAACCUACCCUGGUGUUCAUGCGUUCAGGAGCAUUUACGUUAUAUACAAGCUCUGUGUGUGUGUGUGUGUGUGCGUGUGUGUGUGUGCGUGUGUGUGUGUGUGUGUGCGUACGCAUUACAGCCACUUGUCCUUCUGGUGUUGCGCUAAUCAGUGCUGUCAUCUCCUCCAUCGGUUUGUGUGUGAUGGUGCACCUUUGAACGAAAAGCAUGUGGGAUCUUGGCUCUAAAAAUGAAACUCAUGGUAGAAAAAAAACAAACAGUCUAGAGGGUUUGGAUCUACUAACAAAAACAUAUGUUGCAUCAAAAAUCAAACCAAAAAUCCCCAACUAUGAUUGAGCUAACACGAACAGCAGCUGCGUGCCCACCGUUGACGCUUAGCCGCGAUAUCUGCGGCAGAAUUGGGAUCACAAAGAAGAGUGUUGCAUUUUCUGAAUGUUUUGUCUGUUACAAAAAAAAGUUUAUGUUUAUGGAAAGAAAUGCCACAUAUCGCAUAAAAGUGGGCAUAAAUGGGUCCUCCUUUGAUCAGACCAACUGCCUGGCACAGGGUUGGCACAGAGGCAAUAAAGAGCUUGGAUGUUCUCUGUUGCCAAUCCAGAUGUCACACGCCUCAAAACUCUCAGGAGUUAAGCUGCUGUGUUCGGUCCUCUAACAUGGGGAAGUGCUCAAACAUAGUUGGGUGGAAACGCAACAUUGCCACAGACUGCUGAUAAGGACACUGGAGAGUAACCUAUGUUCUUUAUGCUUACCUGUGUGCAACGUGAGAGUGUAUUUUGCACGUUUAGGCGCUGACUAGAUCCAAAUCCCGCUGUGAUAGUGAUGGAGGAUGGAGGUGGUAGCCUUGUACUCCUAAUACAUAAUCUUCAUACAAAUAUGUAGUUGGAUUUAUACAUUUAAACAUGAUUAUUUUGUAUCCAUAAACAUAAUCAAUUUGUAAUUAUUUUUCUAGACAAGAAGUGAAAAGUACUAAAGGAGACUCAAAUGACAUCUUUAAUUGCAACUACAUAUCAAAGGGUUUUUUGUUUUGUCACCAUUUAUUUCACAUCAUACUAAAACAAAAGAUUAUUUUUUUAUUCCCCUCUUUAACAAACUGCAUCACUCUGGAGCCAGUGAAGCUUAAACUUGCUUGCAUUGUGAAAGCACCAUCUUCAGCCUGGCAGCUCAGCUCUGUUGAGUGCUUGUAGAAAUAAAUUAACCCUCAUCUGAAGCCACUUUUAGUUGCACAGAUGAGCCGCGUCUAAUGAAUAAUGUGUAAGCUACUAAGCAUGCAUAGCUGCGAACAUGCAGAAGGAAAGAUAGGGGUAAAGGAAUUCUGUAUUGGGGGUAAAUGUAUUUAGAUGGAGAGCAGAUCAGAGUGGUGAUAAUAAUGAGAAGACCACAGAGUAACUCCCUCUGUGUGCAGACCAGAACUGAAUGACCUUCAUUAGAUGUGUUUGACCUAAAUUAGGUCCCUAGUAUGGAGGAAGAGUGUGUACACUACAGCACAGUGUGCUGGUGUUUUCCACAAAAUAUGAUUUCAAAUAUGACACAGAGACACUGUCUGUCUUUAUUGAAGUGAUUCUCUUCUAUAGGCUGUAAAGAAAAAAGUCAUUCUAAAAAAAAAAGAAAAAAAGAAACAAUUUUGGAAUAUGGAAAAGAACACAAUAUUGUGCUAAAUAUGUUUGUGUAAAUUCAACCCAUUAUAUAGACCAUGUUUCUUUUUCAAACAAAAUGAUCUGAGCUUCAAUGUCCGUCUAUUGGGUGUGGUGCAACUAUACUGAAGCCUCAUACACAUUGUCCUGAAGUGAACUUUUGAACUGUGAUUACAUCAUUGUCACACUUUGUAGCAAAUAGAUUUCUUUUCACAAAAUAUGUGAGUAAAAUGUAUGUUUAAUUGGGUUGUUAAUGGCAUACUUGCUAGCCUGAACAAUAAGGAACUAUUAAUAUUUGAUAAUGGUAAUGACUAAUUAUACAUAGAAUCGACAAACUGAUUGUCAUGUUGAAAAAAAAAAUAUAUAUACAAAUGCGCAUCUUGAAAAUGAACGAUCCUGAAUUCUCAGAGGAAUGUGGAGACAAUUCAAGUAAAAGUCGAUCUGGUUUGUCGGCCAUCACAAAGAUGGAAGGUAGCACCAAUUCAGCAAAGGUUAUCAAAAGAGAGAACAUCCUUAAUUUAACUGUUUUUAUUACUUUGUGUUAUUACAGGGUUUACAUUCCAUUUUGUCAGCUUGUCAUCUGUCACAAUCUGUCACAACUGCUUCUUAUUUGUUUACAGAGUAUUUUUUUGAGGUACUUAAACAUGGCAUUGUUCAGAAAUAGAACGGUACAUGCUGCAAACUGGCAUUAACAUAAACUCACAAAGUAAUGCACCAUUUGUUUUCAUUACACUUGAUUACUUUUUUCUACCUGAACCCUCAUUGUGCAAGUCAUUCAGGCUGGCAUUAUUUACAACACUGGACUUAGAAGUCUCUCCUUCCUACACCUUGUCAUAUGUCUCUAUUAGAUGUUUUAGGUCUUUGCAUUGUAUACCUCUAAAGUUUUUAGAGUGUUUUUUGAAGUGCCAUGAAAAGUUUAGUUGAACAAGCAUCCUUCAGUCAUUCAGGGACACAAGCUUGAGUCCAAGUGUUUUUUCCACUGUGAGAACGGUGUCUUGUACUGACAUGGAGAACAUCCAAGCCAUCAAUGCCUCCAUGCCAGUAUAGUGUCAGGCAGUGCAGGAGGUCAAGAGGAGGGCCCAUAUUAAGUCCCACUAUAGCGACAAGUGGCAUUCAGGAGGCCCAGGUCUUCAAUCCAUGCAUAUCGUCUCUGCUGUGUGCUUGGUUACAGGUUAUCAGGUUGUGUCAUGUAGUGUAGUUAGAUAUGGAUGACUGAAAGAUGCACAUAGAGGCCCAUGCCUGUAACAUCAGAUGUGUUGUUGUCCACUGAACAAAUCAAAGACUAUAAUGCGUCACUGUUACAGUAUGUUGCAUUAUUUUUGUUAAUCUAUUUUUUGCUGUAAAGGACGGAUAUAAUAACUUAUUUGCUGGGAAUUGUACUAGAUAUAAUAGAACAUAUAAUACUUAUGGGGAUGGGAGGUGGGUCUCAAGUCUUAAUAAUACAUUAAAAUUGCAUUCAGCAAUUUUUAUGUUCUUUUUUUUGUUGUUUUAUUUUAUUUUUUAAGAAAAGUUGCAAUUUUUGGCUGCCUAUCAGUUCAGGAAGAAUUCAGGACAUUGCUCUUGCGUAUCACAGAUAGGAUUUGUUGGCACAUUGUCAUUGCAGCAAACAGGAGUUUGACAUAGCAGUCUAAUUAGUUUGGAUGUGUUCUAGAUAUGAUGGAAAAAAAAUGAUUAUUUGAUGGUGCUGAGUUGAUCUACCUGACUCUGUCAAAUAUAAUCUGCUGAUAAAUAUACUGUCUUGUACAAAAAGUUUGUACAUAGAUUGUACAUGGUUUCUUUUUGUAUUUUCUCAAAUUAAAAUGGAUGUAUUUGUGUUCU